UAUUUUCAGACUGGGCAGCUGAGAUCAGGUUGCGGAAAUUCGGAAAGUGGUUUAGGCAGUUUUACAGUGAUGCGCUGCACAAUCAGUAUAUGUACACAAUACAAAAACUCCUGCUUCACGAAUACCCACUGCUAAAGUGCCGAGCACCGACAUUACACCAUUAAUAAACUAAGAAGCCGACGUUUACUUGAGAUGACCAUGACCAACUGUCUCCUCGCCAUCCUUUCCCCCCUUUAGACAAUUGGUGGAUUCCACAGAGCUCACUGAAGAAAAUAUCCAAUCAGAAUAAGUGUAUCAUUCUAGGAGCUUCAAGCCCCACCUCUUCAGGUGAAGACAUGAAGACAGAGCCUGCAAUGGACAGCACAGAUUACACAGAGGUGGAGUUUAGAUCCAGUUUGAUUAAAAGCGAAGAAGUAGAGGAGAGUAUAGAGAGGAAGAAUGGAUAUGGGAUGAGCAGGGAGGAAGAGCUCAUUCUCUCCAACAUAAAGGAAGAGGAGGAGGAGGAAGGUGGGGAGAGGCAGAGUGGGGAGGUGAAGAGGGAGGAUGAUGUGAAAGAUGAAGAGGUUGAAAGAAAUGACUGGAACCCAGCAUUUGAGGGUGGUGAACAGAGGGAGGGAGAUUGGAUGGACCAAACCCCCCAAAUGGACAGAAUAUCAGAUUUGAAGCAGGAAGAGGAGAGCUUGCCAUCCCCCAUCACUUCCUGUUUACUUGAGCCAUCUAGACUGCCCACCCCUGCAUCUCCUGUCAACUCCCCCAGGGCAGGAAAUACAGGGCAAUCUGAGGCGUUUGCCUGCUCCCAGUGUGGGAAGAGCUUCAAGUCUCCGUCUUAUUUGAGGGUACACAAGCGAACUCAUACAGGGGAGCGCCCAUACCACUGCUCCCAAUGUGAGAAGAGCUUCAGGUGUAAAUCCUACCUGACGGUUCACCAGCGAACUCAUACAGGGGAGCGUCCGUACCACUGCUCCCAGUGUGAGAAGAGCUUCAGGUGUAAAUCCUACCUGACUGUUCACCAGCGAACUCAUACAGGGGAGCGCCCAUACCACUGCUCCCAAUGUGGGAAGAAUUUCAUAUGUCCUUUACAGCUGAUGUGUCAUAAGCGAAUUCAUACUGGAGAGCGCCCCUACCACUGCUCCCAGUGUGGGGAGAGCUUCACACAGUCAAGCAGUCUGACAGAGCACAUGCGUCGUCAUACGGGAGAGCGCCCGUACCACUGCUCCCAGUGUGGACAAACCUUUAGUCAUUCCAGCAGUCUCCGGUCACAUGAGCGUCGUCAUACGGGAGAGCGCCCGUACCACUGCACCCAGUGCGAACAGACCUUCAAUCAUCCCAGCAGUCUGAAGUCACACCAGCGUCGCCAUACGGGAGAGCGCCCAUACCAGUGCACCCAGUGUGAGAAGAGCUUCAGGUUUGCAUCGGACCUGACAGUACACCAGCGAAUUCAUACAGGAGAGCGUCCGUACCAGUGCUCCCAGUGUGGGGAGACCUUCAGCCAUUCCAGCAGUCUGUCAUCACACCAGCGUCGUCAUACGGGAGUGCGCCCGUACCACUGCUCCCUCUGUGAGAAGACCUUCAGAUAUGCGUCAAACUUAAGAGUACACCAGCGAAUUCAUACAGGAGAGCAGCCAUACACCUGCUCCCACUGUGGAAAGACCUUCAGAUAUAAAUCACGUCUGACGACACACGAGCGAAACCAUACAGGAGAGCGCCCGUACCACUGCUCCCAGUGUGGGAAGAGCUUCAAGAGUUCAUCGCACUUGACAACGCACCUGCGAUCCCAUAUAAUGGAGCGUCCGUUCCACUGCUCCCUGUGCGAGAAGAGCUUUAAAUGUAGUUCUCACCUUGCGGAACACCAGCAGACCCACAGGGGGGAACGACCGCACCUCUGUUCCCGGUGUGGGAAGAGCUUCAGGUACAAGUCGGGCCUAGCGGUACACCAGCGGGUUCAUACAGGGGAGCGCCCGUACCACUGCUCCGAGUGUUUAAGGAGCUUUAAAUGUAGUUCUGAGCUGAAGGAACACCACCGGACCCACGGCGGGGAACGACCGCACCUCUGUUCCCAGUGUGGGAAGAGCUUCAGGUGCAAGUCGUACCUGGCGGUACACCAGCGGGUUCAUACGGGGGAGCGCCCGUACCCAUGCCCCCAGUGUGGGAGGAGCUUCAUAUGUCUUGGGCAGCUGACGCGUCAUCAGCAGUCUCACCGGGCCGCGCACCCGUACCACUGCUCAGCCUGCGGAAAGACCUUCAGAUUGGCCAAGCAUCUCAGAAUGCACCAGAGGAUACACACAGGAGAUCACCCGUUCCACUGCUUCCAGUGUGGCCAGGGCUUCAAAGAGGCUCCAGCUCUGAUUGGGCACCAGCAGAACUGUACAGAAAUGUUCCCGCUGUGUUAGAGUGGAAAGAGCUUCACUCAGUCCAGCCAGCUGACGACCCAUCAGUGAUAUUGCAUAGGAGAGCUCAGUCCAGCCAGCUGACGACCCAUCAGUGAUAUUGUAUAGGAGAGCUCAGUUACACAGCUGACGACCCAUCAGUGGUAUUGCAUAAGAGAGCUCAGUCACACAGCUGAUGACCCCUCAGUGAUAUUGCAUAAGAGAGCUCAGUCACACAGCUGAUGACCCCUCAGUAAUAUUGCAUAGGAGAGCAAAGUCAUACAGUGAUACUGUAUUUGAAAGCUACAUCAUACUUCAGUGAUAUUGCAUACGAGCGUUGCACAUCAAGGCUUGGAUGUGCACACUACAUUGCAACAAUGUAUUGCUACAGUUAAUCUGAAAACACUGUCCCUGCAUGAUUCUAAUAAAAUCAUGUUUUGAUUGCUGUGUGAACACGAGAUUGGGUUGCUGCUUGGAUUACUGGACAGCAGUGCAGAGACAUAGCACAGUCACGUGGGAAGUGCUGUUUGCACUGUACAGAGUACAGCAGUUGCGACAUUGGAUGGGACAUAUGUGGGUUCUGGCUCCCGUAGGGGUGCAGGGUAAUGAGUGAGCGUAUAGGUCUGCUGUGUGGUGAAAUGUUCAAGGAAAUGGGCUUGUAUCUGAAAGGUUGCAGGUUUCAUUCCCAACCAGGGCUGCAGUUGUACCCUUUACACAAGGUACGAGAGAAGUGUGUGGGUAAAAGCCUCCCAGUUUUGAAGGGCAGUUUAAAUCAGUCUGUGACGGGGAUUGUUAUGUGAAACUCCACUUUCUCCAUAAUGAAAUUUGCCUUUAAUCCGGAAAGCCGUACGGUUUGUGUUCUGUGUUACGGCAGAUGCGCUUGGCCUGGUGUCAAACAUUGUGCCGUUCACCACUUCUCAGAGAAACGGUGUUAUAAGGGCUGGGAAAUGAGAAAUGAGGUUUAUGCUCACUGUUAUGUAAGCCUGCAUACUACCAGGUUUUGCAACAUCCACCCAUCUAUACCUGCUUGUUCCUGGUCAGGGUCCCUAGAAGUGCUGGAUACACGUCUUGCCACGUGCAUCUCUUUGGACUAUGGGAGGACAUGCAGAAAGGUCCCGGUCAGGAUUCAAACCCAAGGCCUUCCUGCUGUGGGGCAGAAAGUGCUGCCAACUGAUGGAUUUAGGUUUUAUAAGUAAAGAAAUACAUAUACAGGCAUAUAUGAUUACAGUCGUUUAUUACUCUAUAAGGUCAUUCUUAGUGAUGGUCGUGAGUUAAAUUUUUAUUAAACUUCAUUAUAAUUUAUUGUUAUAUUUUGCGACUGGGGUGUGGCCUCAGGAUCGCACUCCAGCCCAGUUGAUGGCGGUAAUGCGCCAGAAUGUUCGUUGUCAACCGCCAAUAAAAACAAAGAAAAGAAACGGAGGAAGUAAGGGAAGAAUCAAUCGGCAUUAUGAUAGCUGUUUUCAGUUGGACAGAAUCACUGAAUGAAUUCGUUUCUAGCUCACUAAGGGAGAUGCAAAUCUAACUAAACUACUCAGUGAACUGCCAGCCGAUGGUGUGAACCUCUUUUUUCGUUUUCAGAGCUUCGUGAUGUUAGCCCACAGAGCUGACCAGCAGGCUGCACGUUUGUGUUUGGCUACCUUGUUUUGUUUUUAACCAAAACAAUCGGAAACCACUUAGCUCGUCACACGCUCCUCGGAUCCUAAUCUUUAGCUUUCCGGGGGAAGGUAUUGCAAUAUAGCUCGCUGUAUAUUGAGUUAAUGACGGUUACAUUUAAAUAUAAUUGAGACGGUACGUUGCACAGUGCCUGUUAAGGAUCGAUAUUGGCCUGAUAAACUGAAAAGUUGUUAGCGCUACCAAGUUAGCGAACAAAAAGCCAUAAUC